AUGAGCAAUGUUUUGGACAUUUGGCUCCACAUCGGCCUGCUCGUAGUGCUGGACAUGGCAUCGGUCUUUGCAGCGCAGGAUGUUGAUGUGUUUGUCUCCACCUUCAUUUCUAUGAUGUUCUUGAUCUUCAUGAUUGCGGGCGUCCUGGGUGCCAUUCUGUGGGGGAUCGCGAUGCAGGUUGCCCGGUGGAGAAGGAAGCCCUGGCGGUUCUUCCUGUCCCACCACAAGAGCUCAACAGGAGCGGCUGCCAGACUCUUGAAGAUCCACCUUCAGAAGCGAAGCUCCCUUUUCACGACGUUCCUGGACACCGACAACCUUCGUGAUUUGACGGAGCUCUUUCACUUCGUCAAGGAUUCAGAGACCGUCCUAGUUUUGGCAAGUCCUGCGAUCCUGGCACGGAAGUGGUGUAUAGGAGAAAUUGUCACGGCCAAGCAGCACGAUAUCGAAACGGUUCUGUUGAAGUGGCCGACAUUCCAGUACCCCACGGAAACGUUUCGCAAGAACCUGACGUUCGCAAUUCCUGGAGUGGAGGCACUUACAGCGCACGGCAUAUCUCUAGAUGACGUGUCGCUGGCCAUGAAAUGGCUGGGGUCAUUAGAUGUGGUCCCUUUCCCAGAUCUCCUGGACGCUGAUUCUUUGAUCCGUAUUUGCGACAACGUGACUGGCACGGUGUCGUCGGUAAAGGACAGGAGGAACUCGGGCAAAGAAUUGCCGGUUCAAGCCAACUGCCUGCUUCUGGCAGAUCCUGCAGACCAGGAAGCAGUUGCCACAUGCUACAUACUGGAUGAGAUGCUGGUGUCUCUUCUCAAGGGCGAGCUCCUGCCACUGAUGCUCCGGCAUGGCGAGCCUAUACCAGAGCAAGUAGAUGCACACUGGAAGGUCCUCCUAAUUUGCACCUCGGGCUGCCUAAAAUCAAGCGAUCUGGCUGCUUGGCUUGUUGAUCUGUACGAGCCGUCGCCAGUCAUCCUGCCGAUCAUUGCCGAUCCCAAUUUCCUCGUACCAACGGAACCGUACAUGGAUGCUUGCGACGUAGAGGCAUCCAUCAACGACUACGAGCGCGAGGUUUACGUCAAAAUGAUCGGCAUUGUGUUCCAAGAGAUCGCCACAGUAUUUGCGCCGCAAUCACACUCCAGCACACAGGAG